CAUACGCUUGUAUUAUCUGCAAUAUAAGAUAUUUUUUUUGAAAAGGGGGGCAGGGAGAGGGGGGAGGAGACGGCAAGUAACAUUAAUACUAAGGCGAUAUAAAAUAUUGGAAGGGCCUUGAAGAUCAAUCGCUGCCUCCCCACCCACCCGCAUUUCUCUCUCUUCUCUCCCCCCCCCUCCAUUCCCCCUCCCUUUUGUACUGGGCCCCUGGAAAAAGCCAUGAAUUUUGAAUUUGAGAGGGAGAUCGGCUUCAUAAACAGCCAGCCGUCGCUAGCGGAGUGUCUGACGUCCCUUCCCGCUGUCCUGGAGACAUUUCAAACUUCAUCAAUCAAGGAGCCACGGACGUUAAUUCCUCCUCCUUCGGAGCAAAGCCUCCUCGGUUUGGAUCCUUCUUCUCUCAGCAGCAGCAGCAGUAGCAGCAGCAAUGGCAGUAGCGGCCAACCCACGCCAAGGAGCCAAAAGAGACGGAGGCACGGGCACGGGCAGGCCCCGAAAACGACGGCGCCCCCCGCCCCCGCCGCCCCCCUGGCCGGGGAAUUCCCCUGGAUGAAGGAGAAGAAGGGCGCCAAGAAAGCCAGCCCGGGCCCGGCCUCGGCUUCGCCCGCCGCCGCCGCCGCCUUCCCGGCCUCCCUGCCCGGAUCCGCCGCCGCUUCCCCUGCAGAUGGCCAGGGUUUCCUUGACUCCAGCAACAGCAGCGGACCCAACGGCUCCCGUCGCCUGAGGACGGCUUACACCAACACGCAGCUCUUGGAGCUGGAGAAGGAGUUCCACUUCAACAAAUACCUCUGCCGGCCCCGCCGGGUGGAAAUCGCGGCUUUGCUGGACCUGACGGAGAGGCAAGUGAAGGUCUGGUUCCAGAACCGCCGCAUGAAGCACAAGCGGCAAACGCAGCACAAAGAAAUCCUCGAAGGAGAAGGAGAAGAGGAGGAGGAGGAGGAGGAAGAAGAAGAGGAGGAAGAGGAAGAGGAGGAGGAGGAGGGGGGCAGCUCUCCAUUUGGGGAGCUCCCUUGUCCUCCUUACCCAGGCAACACGGAGCCGUCAGGGCCCCCCGCUGGUUACCUGACACCCACCAAAGAGGGGGGCGCCGAGGAGGUGCCAAACGGGACAGCUGGGCUUCGCCCUUCCUCCUCUUCCUCUUCCUCCCCGGACAAUGCCUUCCUGGGAAGCCCCAAGCCGCCUUUGUUGCCUCCAGACCUGAGCCUCUUCGCGGUGGAGCCCCAAACACCCGGGGGUCUUUCUCCCACCCUCCAAGGCUUUUUAGACAGCCCCGUCAGCUUCUCCGUGGAAGACCUGGACUUUUUCACCAGCACCCUCUGUACCCUCGAUCUGCCGCAGUUGGACUUCCAGUAAAGAGAGCAACCCUCGUCCUUUUUCUCUUCCUUCCUGAUCUGCCUUGGGUUUCUAGGGGCCCCUGUGAAUGACACAGACACACAGACAAAAGCACAGACAUCCGCUCUCCCUCAAACCAUCUCAAUCCUGAAUGAUUUCUCACCCUCUUCUAACCAUUAUCCUUUCCCUUUCCCGACUCAUUCCAUAGGGAAAGGAAUAUGGGUUGCUGUGAGUUUUCCAGGCUUUAUGGCCAUGUUCCAAAAACAUUCUUUUCUGACGUUUCGCCUGCAUCUGUGGCAGGCAUCCUCAGAGAUUAUGGGUUCUGUUGGAGACUAGGCAAUUGGGGUUUAUAUAUCUGUGGAAUGUCCAAGGUGGGAGAAAGAACUCUUGUCUGCAGGUAUGGAUGUUGCAGGCAGUUGGCCACCUUGAUUAGUAUUGAAUCGCCUUUCAGCUUCAACGUCUGGCUGCUUAAUGUCUGGGGGAAUCCUUUGUUGGGAGGUGUUAGCUGGCCCUUGUUAAUUCAUGUCUGGAAUUCCUCUGUUUUCUGAGUGUUGUUCUUUUUUCUACUGUCCUGAUUUUGGAGUUUUUUUAAAAAAAAAAUACUUGUAGCCAGAAUUUGUUCAUUUUCAUAAUUUCCUCCUUUUUUGUUGAAAUCGUCCACAUGCUUAUGGAUUUUAAAAAAAACCUCUAAAAUCAGGACAGUAAGUAAAGAACACUCUUCAGAAAACAGGAAUUCCUGACAUGAAUCUAUCAGGGGCAGCUAACACCUCCCAACAAAGGAUUCCCCCAGGCAGGAAACAGCCAGGUGGUGAAGCUGAAAGGCUAUUCCGUGCUAAUCAAGAUGGCCAAUUGCAACAUUCACACUUCCCUCAGGCAGACAAGAGUUCUUUCUUCCACCCUGGACAUUAUUCCACAAAUAUAUAAACCCCAAUUGACUAGUUUCCAGCAGACCUCACAAUCUCACAGCAAUCCAGUGAUUCCCAUAUAUGUGUGUGUGUUUAAUGGAUCCAGUCCUUGAAAAAAUAUUUUGUCACAUUUUAAUAUUUGUGCUCAAAUAUUGGUUCUAUCUCCGUUGAUUUUGUAUCCCACAACAUGGGAGACAAAAUCAAGUCGUCCCCCCCCCCCCCCCCCCGGAUUUGAAAUAAAAUGAAAUCGGGAGAUAUUUUUCACAUUAAGAAGAGAAACCGACUGACUUCGAAAUAUCUCAUCCAUCCACCCAACAUAAGUACCAUUUCGACUUUCCCCUCGUCCAUUCCUAUUGACCCAGGUUAGAAAUUUUCCAGGCAAAUUUUGAAAAAAAAAUAUGUUUUUUUUUAAGUGAAUCUCUCAGGAAGCUUAUUAACAAGAGGUCUAGAUUGUUUUUUAAUUUAAAAACGAAAUAGAAGGAAGAAUGACCAACGAAGCCGGAGCUUUUGCUUCCUUCCUUUAAUGUUUUAGAGGUAGAUUUAUUUAUUGAAAUGCUUUCAUAGUCAAAUGCAAAUUAUUUAUUGUACAUUAUUUUCAUAGAUGAAAUAAAUGGCUUUAUAGUCUAAAAUGC